CAGCAGAGUCUCCGCCUUCCUCCCCGCCCCCUUCCUCCUUCGCCUCUCCCGGGGGCGGAGAGCCGGAGCCGCUGCUGGGCUUCGGGGGGUGGUCUAGCACCCGGCACUUCCUCCUGGCCCGCCUUCACCUUCCCCUGCAGGUGGGUGCUUGCCUGGGGGUUGCCAGGCGGAGCCCACCUCCCCGCUCCCGGGCCAGCGGGGCUCUGCAGCAGAGGUGGGGCCGAAGCCACCUGCAUCCCCCCGCCCCUCCUCCUGCCGCGACGCCGUCGGGCUUUUGCCACGAAUUAUUAAGGAAAUCCUGAUGAGUCUGCUCCAUCUUGCAACUAGACAUGUGAUUCUCCAAGUGCUUCGUGAAUUGGGAUUGAAGGCUCGCCCAGCCCAUAAAACCUUAAAGACUUGUGUAGCGAUGUCUCAUCCAAGUACAAACAUGGCAGAUUUUCGGAAAGUCUUUGCCAAGUCAAGGCAUAUAGCCAUUAUUACAGGGGCUGGGGUCAGUGCUGAAAGCGGUGUGCCAACGUUCAGAGGACCUGGUGGUUUCUGGAGAAAAUGGAAAGCUGAGGACCUAGCUACCCCUGAUUCCUUUAUGAAGAAUCCCUCUAGGGUGUGGGAGUUCUACCAUUACCGGCGCGAAUUGAUGCUGAAGAAGCAUCCCAACCCAGCCCACACAGCAAUUGCAGAAUGUGAGGCCCGGCUCAGUGCGCAAGGAAGGCGUGUGGUGGUCAUCACUCAGAACAUCGAUGAGCUCCAUCGCAGAGCAGGCACCAAGAACCUCCUGGAAGUUCAUGGCAGCCUAUUUAAAACGCGAUGCCUCAGUUGUGGAAAUGUGGCAGAGAAUUACAAGAGUCCAAUCUGUCCAGCUUUAGAAGGAAAAGGUGCCCCAGACCCUGAUGUUCCAGAUGCUGAAAUCCCCAUUGAAAAGCUUCCUAGGUGUGAAAAAGAAGAUUGCAGUGGGCCCCUUCGACCGCAUGUGGUAUGGUUUGGAGAAAAUCUGGACCCUAACAUUCUUGACAAGGUCAACAAAGAGCUUGCUGUUUGUGAUUUAUGCUUAGUGGUGGGAACAUCCUCUUUGGUUUAUCCUGUGGCUAUAUUUGCCCCGCAUGUAUCAGCUCGGGGAGUACCAGUGGCUGAAUUUAACAUGGAAACCACCCCUGUUACGAAAAACUUCAGGUUUUAUUUCUCAGGGCCCUGUGGCAAAACUAUCCCUGAAGCACUUGCCUGCCAUGAAUCUGAAAAAGUUUGUUGAUUAUUUGUGAGCAUGAGAAGAAAAGAAAUUCAUUCACAACUACUAGGUUACACAUAGUUAAACUAAAGGGGGGGUGGGAAGAAGGUAGGGGGAAAAAAACCUUGUAGAUAAACAGAGAAUGGCCCCCUGCCCUCAGACCUGGGAAUGUAACCAAUCAGUAGAUAUUAUGGUGGUCAGUCACAAUGAUGAUAUCAAACACUGACCAGCAAACUACUCAUUACAUUUGUGUUGGACUGAAACCUGACUCCCAAAUGAUUAUUCCAUAUUUUAUAGUCAUGGCAAAAACUAUUUUCAGCUAUCUAGAUUUAUAAUAUGUAAUUUAUCUGUAAUUCUAAUAGUAUUUUUUUAUGUUUCUAAUGUGAGCAUGUGGAUUUGCUUUUUUGGGCAGGGGCUAAAGUAUUGCCUUUCCUCAGUUCUGGUGUUUACAUAAGUACUUUGGCAGAAAAUAAAUUCAUUAUAAUUUAUUGUGUAAAGAGGUUCACCCAAGGUAUUCCUCUGCUGGUAUACUUUAUUACUAUGUUUUCUGUUAAUGUACUUUAAUGGUGUGGCACAUGUUAUUUAUGUUUGAUCUUUAUUUAUGUUUGAUCUUUAUCUUAGCAUCACCCAUCCUCUCAGCCUUCUGGCUUUUUCAUAGUCUAAUAGGCCAAUUUCAUCAUCAUCCUUGACUUUGCCUUCUCAUUCUUACAUCCAGUCAUUUGCUACAUCCUGUUGUCCACUUCCAUAGCAUCUGUGGAGGGGGUUUCUACAGUGGGGUAUGAGAGUACCCCCAAGAUCAAUAUGUCUGGUUUUUUUCCCCUUCACUCUGGGAUUACUUCCAAACUAGCUGUCUUCCUUCUUGGUAUUAAAACAGUAAAGCCAUCAAUUUUCAGGAAAAAUUUAUCUAGGUGCUAUUUGCCUUAAAAACUUUUACAUGUAAAAUUUAGUUCUUAUUUUUUCUUAAAACAGAUUCUGGAAGUAUCCCAAAACUCCCUAAGAUAUUUUAGAAUGGGGGGAGUUCCUAGAAUUACCCAAAAUCCUCAGAGUUCUCCCCAGCAAUCUUAAAAUGAUUAACCUCCAAAUUCCUUAAAGAUUAAUUGGCAAAACUCCAAAAUCUACUAAAAUAUUUUUAGCAGUUCUGCCAGUUUUGUUUCUGUAAUUCCAGUGUGGCCAAGGCUAAAAUGAUAGGAAAAAAGUGUCUUGUGGGUUUUUUUCUCCUCAUAACUUAAUCUCCUGAGGAAAGUCUAAAGUGGGAGUUCUGCUUACUGGGACAGUUGACUGAGUAUGAAGCUUCAUGAAUCGUCCCCAGGAUUCUAAACUCUCCUGCUUUCAGCCUUUUAGCAGUUUUUCUCACUGGCUGCAUUUUCCCUUUUAGAACUCUCUCAAGGUAACAGAAUCUACAAACACAACACAUGACAAAGACUUCCUACAUUUUACAGAGAUACAAAAACAGAAGAAAUCAUAAGACAAACACAUAGAAUAUAAAGAAGAAGCCCCUUUUGGGAGCAGAUGGGCAGAAACUAUCACUUAAAGUUGUUCAGCAAAAUCAAAAGUUCAUCUGAUCAGAAUAAAAUUUUUCAGUCACUA